AUGGGCGUUAGGGUCUUUGGGUGGCCGGUGGCUCGGGCCACACCCAAGGUCCCUUCUCCAGCGAUUCCGCCUCCCCCGUCGUUGCCGUCGUCGCCGGUGUUGGCGGGCCCGUGCUUGGUGUCGGCGGGACCCACGCAUCCUGCCGGCCUCUCGUCCGGGGAUCCCGAGGAUUCACCUUGGGUACCCCCUCCUCCCAUAUCCUGGGCUCCUUCUUCGUCGAUACCGUCGCGGGCCCCUCGGGCCACGUCCAUACCAGCGUCUGCUGUCGCCACCGCACGCCCUCGGCCACGAACGCCCGCGUGCUGUGGCUCACGUGCGCGGCCGGCACCUCCGUCCGCACCACCGACGGCUCCUCCGCCUGUGCCUGGUGGACUGCCUCCUCCUGCGGUUGUGGCAUCGGCUGCGCGGUCCCCUCCGGUGCCUCCCACAGACGUCGCUCCUCUUCCUCCGCCUCUCGCAGACGGGCAUGCCAUCGCGCCGCCGCCGCCUCGUGACAUCCUCGGCGUGGCCCCUCGGAAGUUCCGCUCCUCCGACGUCCGCGCGGGGUAUCCGAUCGCCAACCGCCGCUUUCCGGAGCCGCCACUCUCUUUCUUCGACGACGGGAUCGCCGACCACCUCCACGUCGCUGUCGGAGCUCACCGCGGGUUCUGGUUCGGAGUCCUCAUCGCGGGUCCGCUCCAGGGCCCGCAAGGGCCCUGUAGGGCCGCCAUCCUCCUGCGCGCUUCGGAUCUGGUGACGCGUGUGCUCACCUUGGUUUUCUGGAUUGUAAUGCUCGACCGUCGCCAGGCUCCCCAUACAUGA